UCUAGAAAUAUGAAGUUUUAUUAUCUAUUGAUAUUAAUGGCCCUUCUGCCAUUGUCAAUGGCCAAGAAAUCUAAAGAGAAACCAGAUUGGGCCAAAAAGGAUAUACGUGAUUUCACAGAUGCCGAUAUGGAGCGGCUGUUGGAUCAAUGGGAGGAAGAUGAAGAACCGUUGGAACCGGAUGAGUUACCCGAACAUUUGCGUCCUCAGCCCCAGUUGGACUUAUCCAAAUUGAACACAGCCAAUCCAGAGGAAUUGUUAAAAGCAUCGAAAAAGGGUCGUACACUUAUGACAUUUGUUUCCGUAGAUGGCAAUCCAACCCGCGAAGAAGCUGAAACGCUAACAAAAUUAUGGCAAACUAGUUUGUGGAAUAAUCACAUACAAGCUGAACGUUAUAUGGUCGAUGAUGAUCGUGCCAUAUUCCUUUUCAAGGAUGGCGCACAGGCCUGGGAGGCAAAGGACUAUCUAGUACAACAGGAACGUUGUAAGGGUGUAACCAUUGAAAAUAAAGAAUAUCCCGGGGUAUACAAUAAGAAAGACGAAUUAUAG